ACACAUUUCCUCUUCGUUAGUGACUCUGCAGUCAUGCUGCAGUUGCUCUCAUUGGUGUCCUGUUCUUGAGAGCUGCCUGCGUGGGCACCUUUCAGACCCUUGUCAAAGAAUAUAACAAUUGGAAGAGGACCAAGCACCUUCAGUAAGACAUAUAUAUCUUCUCUACUGAAGCUGAAGAUGGACAUACUGCACUGAAUCCCUUUGCCUGUGGUAAGAAGAAAAGGUAGAGCACGAAAUUCUGCAUCAGACGUGUCCACUCAUCAGCACAAUGUCUGGAGAGGGUAAAGGUGGUGCUGAAGGUAGUGCACCCCCAAUAGACUCUCAAUUUCGCUAUGGCCUCUUCACUGUUUUCUACAGCAUCAUUUUCAUUCUGGGCUUUGUUGCCAACUGCUACGUGCUCUGGAUUUUCAGACGUAUUUAUCACACCAAGAAACUCAAUGAAAUCAAGAUAUUCAUGCUGAACCUGACAAUAGCUGACCUGCUCUUCCUGAUUACAAUGCCACUGUGGAUUAUUUACUAUCACCACAAUGGAGACUGGUUCAUGCACAAGUUUCUCUGUAAUGUAGCUGGCUGCUUAUUUUUCGUUAACACCUACGCUUCUGUUGCCUUUCUGAUGGUCAUCACAUACAACCGCUACCAAGCCGUCACUAAUCCCAUUAGAGCUGCUCAGUUUACCACUCGGAGAAGGGGUAUCUUUUUAUCAGCAGCUAUCUGGAUCAUAACAGUGGGCAGCUCUUUGUAUUAUGCUUUUGAUGAUAAUACUAAUGUGGAGAAAAUGGACUCGAAGAAUUACACGCGUUGCUUUGAGCGCUAUGAUUCUACUAGCAAUGUUACACCUGUUCUUGCCAUUCAUGUCAUCAUCUGCAUCCUCUUCUGUAUAAUUUUUUUAUUUAUCCUAGCUUGGAACAUUGUCAUUAUCAGGACCCUCUUCUCUAAAUCAGGGCAGCAGCGGAAGAGUGCUCAUGUCAAGCAAAGGGCACUCUGGAUGGUUUGCACAGUGCUAGUGGUGUUCAUCAUAAGCUUUGUACCUCAUCACAUUGUGGACCUGCCCUGGACACUGACUGUUCUGGAGCAAUGGCAGAAGGAGAACCGUCAUUUGCGCCAGCAACUCAAUGAUGCUCACCAAGUGACUUUGUGCCUCUUGAGUAUGAACUGUGUGUUGGACCCAGUCAUCUACUGCUUCCUCACCAAGAAGUUCCAGAAGCAUGUUUCAGAAAACCUGAAAAACAUGAAAGGGAGUCGAAAGUGUUCCAGGCAAACCACAGACACAGUGAUUGAGAGCACCAUUCACCAAGAGGAUGCCAUUAGGAUUUAGGUCAGAUGGGUUCUAAUUGCUGAGACUGGGAAGUGUGAAUCAGUCGUUCAUCUUUUCUCAAGAGAAGGCACUGAGGGACACAACAGAGGACUAGGAUAUUAUAUUUCCUUUAUCCCUUAGAUAGAAGAAUGAAUGCUCAUUUGUGAAAGGACAAGAGGCAGUGGGCACAAACUGGAACACAGGAGGAUCCUCCUGAACAUCAAGAAGCAUUUCUGUGCUGUGUGGGUGAUUGAGCACUGGAAAAGCCUGCCCAGUGAGGCUGUGGAAUCUCCCUCCUCGGAGAUGUUCAGAAGCUGUUUGGACUUGGUCCUGGGCACCCUGCUCUAGGUGUCCCUGCUUGAGCAGGGGGUUGGACCAAAUAGACCCAGAGGUCGCUGCCAACCUCAACCAUUCUCUGAUUCCUUCUAUCACAUGCAUCUAGCAGAACUGGAGCCUGUAAUAAUAUGUGAGAAAAGCACUUUCUGUCUGAGUUGAGGGCACUGACAACAGCUCAGGCAAUCUGCCUGAAAAAAACACAUCAAGUGUCUGCAGUGA